CUAUUCAUCUCGAGAUGGAAGAGUCAGUGCUGGAUAAAUUGCCAUCUUUGUGCAGUACUCCAAAGGAUUCUGGGGCACCACCUGCACAGGGGACCAGUUCAGGGAAACAGCAAAUGAGUGCAGCUCUGAGGGAACGAUUAAGGAAAACAAGACGUUCAUUUAAUGCCAAUUUUACAGUGGCAAAGCGGCUCAAAAUAGACACAGAAGAAAAAGACACUGCUGGUGCUGCCACUGAGUGCUUGCCAGAGACAAGGGCAGACUGUUCCAGGUUACAAGAUGGUUCUGAAAACCUGGAAGGAAGUGGCACUGGACAUACAUGUUUCAAAAGUCCCUCACAGGAGAGUGAUCCCUGUGGAUCAGCAGAGGAUUCAGAUGUGCUGCAAGUUGAUGUUGGUCAGCAGCAGUCCCUUGAAGAGAAAGUGAAGCUGGAGAAACAAGUGCAGGAGAAGGAAGAGCUGCUGCGUAGGCUCAAAAUGGUGAAGAUGUACAGAUCCAAGAACAACCUGUGUGAGCUGCAGGCUUUGAUAGUGAAGUGGAGGAGUAGCACCCAGCUGAUGCUGUAUGAGCUGCAGUCGGCCUUUUCUGCAGGUGGCACCAAAGUGAGUCUCACUCAGCUCAUCGACACCUUUGGGUUAGAAGACCAGUUACUGCACUACAGCAGAACAGAAGAAGAUUUUGUAGAUGCGUAAUCUACAGCUGCAGGGCUUUCUUUGCACAGACACAAAAGCAGAAAAGACUGAAUAAAUUCUGAUUGUGUCAGAAGUGUUGGUCAGACAAUGGACUUUAUGCUUUGAGGUUAGGAGGUUUUCUCCAGAGAUACUUGUAAAGCUGUGUGCAUUCAUACAGUAGGCACUGUAAAAGGCAUUACUUAAUGGAAAAAAAUCAAACUGGUGAUGUUUUGGAGAAUCUGGCUUAAUGACUUGGUCAGUGAAUUUUUAUUUAAUAAAAAUAAAGUCAUAGUU